ACCAGCUGGGAGUGGGAGGGAGAUGGAUGGGAAGCAACCGGCUGGCAGGCAGGUGCUGUGAGGCAAAGCAAACAUGGGGCCAGCUGCAGUGCUGGGGACCUUGAGAUAACACAGAGCUAUAAAGGAAAAAAGGUCUAGGUAGGGUAAGUGCUGCCAGCUGGGCUGGCUCAGCUGCAGCCCACAGUGGCCGAGUCUAGAGGGACACUCAGUCUCCCAACCUUUUAGAGUUAUACAAGGGGAAACACAGCCCGCUCCUUGUGUCUGCUGAAGGAGAUGCUCAGUGCAUGGCACAAAAAGCGUGACCAAGAAAAGAGCCACACAUAAGGACAGAAGAGUCAGCAAUGACCUCAGCCUUCUCUCAGCUCCCCAAGUGAUCUCGGACAUGGAGGACAUGGAGACAAAUCCCCAGAGGCAAACAGCGCCCCCCGCUCACCCGUGCGGACCGCCGAGCCGCUCCCCGCCGCGCUGCUGGCUCAGAUCAAACCCAUACCAACCCAACCUGCUUCGAGACAGUGUGCGGAGGUACCUGCAGCUGCCAGCAGACCAGACGGUACUGAUACUGCAUGCCAAAGUCGCCCAGAAGUCGUAUGGCAAUGAAAAAAGAUUUUUCUGCCCCCCACCUUGCGUUUACCUGAGUGGGCCAGGAUGGAAGUUAAAACAGGAGCAGAUAAAAGACAAGGACGUGGGAGAGGCGGGUUUUCAGGUGUGUGGGUACAUGGGGCUGGACAGCAUGGGCAGCAGCCUGAAGGAGACCCAGAAGCUCAGCUUUGAGGAGCAGCCGGAUGCUAAGGGCUUCAGCUGUGCCAAGGCACUGUACAUCUCGGAUGCAGACAAGCGCAAGCAUUUCCGCCUGGUCCUGAAGCUCUUCUUCAGUGACGGGCAGGAGAUUGGCACCUUCCACAGCAAGCUGAUCAAGGUCAUCUCCAAGCCUUCACAGAAGAAGCAGUCGCUGAAGAACACAGAUCUCUGCAUCUCCUCAGGCUCCAAAGUCUCUCUCUUCAACCGCCUGCGCUCCCAGACCGUCAGCACCCGCUACCUCUCUGUCGAGGGGGGAGCCUUUGUCGCCAGUGCCAGGCAAUGGGGAGCCUUCACCCUCCACCUGGCCAAUGAGCAUUGCACCCGGAGUGAGUUCCCCUUGCGGGAAGGGUAUAUCCACUACGGCUCCGUGGUCCAGCUCGUCUGCACAGCCACCGGCAUCACCCUGCCCCCCCUGGUAAGCCUCCAUUCCACAAGUUGUCAGACACAUGGAACUGGCUGCUCUGUGUUUCUGAGUGAUGAGUACCAUCCCUGGGAUGAUGAUGCUGCCCCACAGAUCAUCCGGAAGGUGACGAAGCAGUAUGCUGUGCUGGACGUGGAUGAGCCCAUCUCCCAGCUCCACAAAUGCGCCUUCCAGUUCCAGGGCAGCGACCACAUGUACCUGUGUCUUUCCACAGAUAAAGUGAUCCAGUACCAGGCAUCUCCCUGCCCAAAGGAAGCCACCCGGGAGCUGCUGAAUGAUGGCUCCUGCUGGACCAUCAUCGGCACGGAGACAGUGGAGUACACCUUCAGCAAGAGCCUGGCCUGUGUCCAUGAGCCCGUCAGCCCCGUGCCACUCAUCACUGCCCUGCAGCUCACGGGCAGCAGGGAUGUGGCCAUGCUGGAGUUGCAGGGGGAGUAUUUCCACGCACACCUCAAGGUCUGGUUUGGAGAUGUGGAAGCAGAGACAAUGUACAGGAGCCCCAAGUCCCUCAUGUGUGUUGUCCCCGAUGUCUCUGCCUUCGGCAGUAACUGGAGAUGGCUGCGAUACCCCAUCACGGUCCCACUCCUGCUGAUCAGGGAUGAUGGCCUUAUCUACUCCAGCUCAUUCACAUUCACCUACACCCCGGAGCAGAGCUUCAUCCCAGGGCAGCAGGUCCUCUCAGACAUCCCCCAGAACUCAGACAAAAUACUUGACAGCAUCCAUCAGGAGUUCACCAGGACCAACUUCCACCUCUUCAUGCAAAGCUAGCAAGCUAGGCAGGCAGUGGCUAGCAUUGCUGCCAGCCCUGGGGAAGGGGAACAGCCCUGAGCUGUCCAGGGCUUGGGGUGGUCUCACCGAAGGGUCCUCCGCACACAUUGAAUGCCCACCAGAUUUCGUGAUUUCCCGACUGGUCUCUUGCUCAUGGAGGCAUCUCACCCUGCUGAGACCUCACACAAGAGCAUUAAUAAAUCAGGCUUCAAGGACUCUUUACUGAUUCAAUUGCUUCUUUACUAACCUUCUCAAUUUACCUCACAUGCUGGCACAGAGCAUCACAGCUCCCUUGGUGUCCUCAGUCCAUAUAUUCAAAGGCCAGGAGGGACAGCAAUGAUGCAUGAAUGCAGCCAUAAGUGUUAUUGGUCCAUACCAGGAGUCCCUGUAUCACUUGUGUGCUUUGAUGAGCAUGAGGAGCUGAUUUCCAGCGGCCAAAUACUUGGUACCAGAUGCUUUGUUUUUCUUAUUAGAGGCCCAAAUGGGGUUAUUUCAAAAGGAAGAGGGAAAAAGAGAGAAAAACUUCGGCAUGAAACCCAGCCCCUUCAUAGCUGGCAUAGCUCUGCCAAGCUCCUCUGUUUUACACACACAGACAGUGACUGCAGGUGCUGGCAUCAGCAGGAGACUAAAGAUGCCAUAAAAAGAAGGCAGGUUUCUUAGAGCCAGACACAAGCGUUAAGCAGAGGAGGUGUUUAUUUAGUUUUCAGAUCUCUGCGGCAUCAAAAAGCCCAUGGUGUACCUGGAAACCUGCUGGUUUGGCAUUUUUGAGCUAGAUUUAGGAACAACCCAACAGCGGUGUUAAAUCCACACUGAACUUGGUAGCAGUGGGCAGGGGAAGCGCGGUGCCCCACGACUCGCAGCACCCCAGGAGCACAGGGUGACUUACCCCGUCCCCGGCCCAUCGUGCAGUGUUUUGUGCCAUUCAGCAUGUCGGGGACACCAGUACUGCACAGACCGACAGUUUUGGCGCACAGCCCAUCCUCAGCCUCACUGUGCACAUCACCUGCCACACUGCAGCUCAGCAUGAUGAGUUCGGGACUGCAAGGGACCAACAGCCUCGUACCACCCAGCAUGGAGAUACUUAAUGAUGCUGGGUGUCUUGGCCUCCUCCCUCUGCAGCACCUGCAUAGCUUCAGCUCCCAUGGAAACACAAGAGCUUGGGUCUCCAGGGUCCUAACCUGAGACUUCCUGGAGGGCAGCAUGUCCCUAAAUUACACUGGGAGAUGGGGUUCCCAAAAGUGGAAGCCUCACACAGGGUGCAAAGCUGUUGGCAGACACAUGUGUGUGCAUCUAGAGCUGCAGCUGCCAGAGGAAAAACUCAAAGAGAACAUCUACAGCGCAUGCCAAGAGCCAAGGGAUGGUGAAGGAAAGGGCUGGAUGACAGGAAUGUAGCAACAUGCAGAUCUGCAGGGGGUUUCAAAAGGAAGCAAGUCCAUUGAGCAGGAGGCAGAUCUCAGCAUGCUUAUUAAGUAUUGGGAGCAGCUGGUACACCACCUUACUGCUCCCAUUCCUGGCAAGUGCUCGAGCAUCUUAUAGGUGCUGGGGGAGCAGGUGCUUCACCUGUGUGAUAGUCGCUUGGGCCACUCCAUCAGCCCAUGCUUACCAUCACCUGUGCUCACCUCCCCAGCAAAUCUACCCUGGCCCCUAAUGUAACUGAGGAUGAAAUGCAAGAAAAUUCUUUAACCAGCCUGAGCAGAGGAUCCCUCAUAUCUACCCCAAAAGUAUUUCCUCCGCUGUCUCCUCAAAAAAAAAGGGCUGGAGGGAAGUGAAAGUACACGGCAAAGCCUUUCAAUUUCUGCCUGCAUCCCACGCAGGACUGUCUGGAGCCCGCGGAUUCCUCAACCUCCCUCGGAGGCUAGGGUAUAAUUCACAUUUUAUGAAUGGAAAGUGCUCUCAGCUAUAUUUAGCAGCAGCCCAGUCCCAAAGGGCAGGAGGAGCGCUGCUUAUUGACUUCAAGGGCUUGGAACAAGCCUGCCUUGUUACGUUUAUGGUGCAGCAUUCUGCUGGAGAGGCCAAGAAAGCACUGAGUGGCUCAUACUUGAAGCCUGAUGGAUUAAGUAAACAGCCACAGUAAUUCAAGCCACAUGAGGAAAGGGGAGAGGUGGCAGCAGGAGGACUGGGAGGGCCUCGAGGGGCUCCUGUUUCCCCCUGCCCAGCCACAGGCUGCCUUUAAUCUGCUCCUCACAGCAGGUCCUGCAAAUGGAAACGAGGAGCUUUGCAGCUCCUGGAGAAAGCUGGGAACAUAUGCUCCACAUCACGGCAGAGGAGCUGGUAGCAUUGGCAGAGCUGUUUAUUUGCAUAAUCUCUGAUUAAUUCAAAUGUCUCAGACAGGCGCCAGCUAUCCAGUUGUACAUUCUCGCUUGCGAGUCGGCAGCGCCCGUCUCUGCCGGAUCCUACAAUAACCCACCAUAUGCUGGAGAAACUCACACAGACCAUCCCACCAGCUCUGGCAAGCUGGGCUGCCUGCUCCGAGCCUGGGCUGCUCAGCGGACCCCGUCUGACAGCUCUUUUCUGUGCUCCUGAAUAGUACAUGGAG